GUCUUAAUCCUUUUGCUUUGUGCAUGUCAAAGUAGUUUGAUCUAUGGCUGCUAAUAUAGUCAAGGAGUCUGAAGCAACACGUGAAGUAGUGUUGGGCUUCGUAGAGGAGGCAGAAUCAUGGCAGCUCCUUAGUAAACAGUUUCCAAGUAAAGUCGGAGGGAGACCCGCGUGGUUGAGCCAGGUGGAUUUGCCAAGUGUUUCCGAGUUACUGUGUGAGAAAUGCAAACUGCCAACAGUGUUUCUUCUGCAGGUGUAUGCACCAAUUACUGGAUCUGAUCGAUGUUUUCACAGAACACUCUUUGUGUUCUGCUGCAAGACACCAGCCUGUUUUACUGGAAAUGACAACAACUGUUUUAAAGUGUUCAGAUGUCAGUUGCCUAGGAAAAAUGACUUUUACCCCUUUGAUCCUCCUCCUGAUGAGAAGCCAGUGCACCAAGUGGAAGAUCAUCAGGUUCUGGUCACAGGCCUCAAAUUGUGCAGGCUGUGUGGUUGUCUCGGACAGAAAGCCUGUUCUCGUUGUCACUCUGUCACAUAUUGCUGCAAAGAGCAUCAGACCAUUGACUGGAAACACCAUCACAAGAAAGAAUGUGCAAAUGAGGUUUCUCAAAACUCAGAGGAGCCCAAUUCAUUUUUGUUUCCUGAGUGGGAGCUGGUUACUGAACCAGAAGAGCUUCCAGCAAAAGAGAAACCCCAUGAAUCUCACUGUCUGGAUCGGGUGGACGUGGCGUGCUUAAAUAAUGGUUUGGAAGAAAGUGAGCUAGAGAGUAUGGCUUUCCAUGAAACACAGGAAUCGAAAGUGUUUCAGAAGUUUAAGGAGCGCAUUUAUCAUGAGCCACAACAGGUUUUGCGGUAUUGUAAAGGAGGGAUUCCUCUUUGGGUGUCGUCUGAACAUGUGCCACAUGAGGAGGACAUUCCAAAAUGUCCAUGUGGUGCUAAACGUGUUUUUGAAUUUCAGAUCAUGCCUCAGUUGCUUAAUCACCUCAAAGUGGAUAGAACAGAUGCCAGCAUAGACUGGGGAACCGCGGCAAUCUACACAUGUGCUGAUAGCUGCGAACAAGGCAACAAAUAUUUUGCUGAGUUUAUUUGGAAACAAGACUUUUCAGUAGAUCAAGCAGUGUAGAAUUAC